AUUAUAAAAAUUUUACAAAUGUAAACAAUAUUUCAGCAAAAAAGUGCAAUAAUUCGUAAUAAAACGCACAAAAAUGCAGAAAAACACAUUUAUUUUAUUAGCUGUAUCGUUACUAAUCAGUUUAUACGAAGCAAAUGGAAUAAAUUUGGACGAAAAAGUAAAAGAUCACCUCAGUGGAAGCAGGCACACAAACAACUGGGCUGUUUUGGUUUGUACCUCAAGAUUCUGGUUUAAUUAUCGACACAUCGCUAAUGCAUUGUCCGUGUACCGCAGUGUUAAGCGUCUUGGUAUUCCUGACAGUCAAAUUAUUCUGAUGUUGGCUGAUGAUAUGGCUUGCAACCCAAGGAACCCAAGACCUGGCAAGGUUUACAACAACAAGAAUGAAGCAAUUGAUGUGUAUGGAAAUGAUGUGGAGGUCGACUAUAGAGGAUAUGAGGUAACUGUUGAGAAUUUUAUCCGAGUCCUAACUGGAAGAUUACCACCCGACACCCCAAGGUCAAAGAGAUUAAACACGGAUGACCGAAGCAAUGUUCUCGUGUAUAUGACUGGACAUGGGGGAGAGGAUUUCCUUAAAUUUCAAGACGCAGAGGAAAUUGCUAACGUUGAAUUAGCCGACGCGUUCGAACAAAUGUGGCAACGUAGGAGAUACAACGAGUUAUUGUUCAUUAUUGACACCUGUCAAGCUGUAUCCAUGUUUCAGAGGUUUUACUCUCCAAACUUAGUUGGCAUUGCUAGUUCACAGAUUGGAGAAGAUUCUUUAUCUCACCAUGUAGACCCCGCCAUAGGAGUUUACAUAAUAGACAGAUAUACCUAUCAUCUUCUUGAAUUCCUUGAAAAAGUGAAACCUGGAAGUUCUAAAACCAUGCAACAACUGAUGAAAGUUUGUCCCCGUCACCAAUGUAUUUCCACGCCCGGGUAUUCCACCCAUCUGUUCCCACGUCCCAUGAAUGAAACUUUGAUUUCGGAUUUCUUUGGGAGCGUUCGAACUGUCGAUUUAUCUGAUGACGUCAUCAAGUUUAAACCUCGUAAAACAACGUCACAGGGUGAUUCCCUUAAACUGAAAACGUCCCCCAAGCGUUCAUAUUUCAGUGUUGACCAAUUCGUUUCUACUUUCCCAAUCAUAAAGAAAGAUCCACACCCAAUGGCGUCGUCGGCAUCACUCGUCCUACUUCUUGUUAUUUUCUCGUUUAUAAUCCGCAGUUUGUGUGAUUUUGAAUAGAAUAAUUUUACUGUGAAUUUAUGGCCGAAAUAAAAUGAAGUUUUUAUAGAAAAAA